GAGAAGGUGGCCCCGAUAAUGACCCCACUGAGGUUUGGGCACCGCAUUAUCAUUUAUUGCGAAUCUGCAGCAGGUUUAAUAUCACUGGCAUAUGUCAUGAAAUUUGUUGCUUUGGCAGCAGUACAUUACAAUACAUACUAAUAAAAAAGUAACAAUAAUAAACCCUAUAAAUUACAAGAAGAAAUAUAUUUCUAAAAUUAAAUAAGUAGUCUGAAAAGAGAGGAAAAAAUAUUGAGGUAGUGUACAUGGGUUCAAUGUCUAUUCAGAAAUCAGACAGCAAAAGUGUUCAUAAAGUGUUGAGUGUGUGUCUUCAGGCUCCUGUACCUUCUCCUUUGUUGGUAGCAAUGAGAAGAGGGCAUGAGCUGAGUGAUGGUGGUCCUCAAUGAUAGAUGUACCUUUUGUAGAAAUUGGCAAGUAUUUUGUGUCAUAGCAAGUCUCCUCAAACUCCUGAUGAAAUAUAGCCGCUGUCGUGCCUUCUUUGUAAUUACAUCAAUAUGCUGGGCUCAGGGUGGAUCUUCAGAGACGUUGACAACCAGGAACUUGGAAUUACUUGCCCUUUCCACUGCUGAUCCCUUGAUAAGGACUGGUUUGUGCUUCCUCAACUUAACCUUCCUGAAGUACACAAUCAAUUCUUUGAUCAUCCUGACACUGAGUGCAAGGCUGCUGUGCAAACUCCACUCAAGCAGCUGAUCUAUCUCGCUCCUGUAUGCCACCUUAUCACCACUUGAAAUUCCCCCCAAAAGAGUUGUCGUCAGCACAUUUAUCGAUGACAUUUGAUGGCUGUGGAUGUAAAGAGACCAGAGCGUUGGGCUAAGCACACAUCCUUGAGGUGCACCAGUUGUGAUUGUCAGCGAGAAGAUACUAUUUCCGAUCUGCAUUCACUGUGGUCUCCCUGCGAGGAAGUCAAGAAUCCAGUUGCAGGGUGAGGUACAGAGGCCCAGGUAUAGGAGCUUGUCAAUUAGCAUUGUGGGUAUGAUAGUGUUGAACGGUGAGCUGUCAUCAAUAAACAGCAGGCUGAUGUGGGUAUUGCUGUUGUCCAGGAGGGCCAAGGCUGAGGGAACAGCCAGUGAGAUUGCAUCCGCUGUAGACCCAUUGUGGCAAUAGCAAGUUGCAGGCAAAUUUACAGUCCCCCUUCUUCUUCGAUCUCUCUCUCUUUCCAUCUCUGGAGACAGACUAGUUACUGAUACUUUUUACAAACCUAUUAACUCUCAGUUACUUUAACUAUACCUCUUUAUUUUUUCUAUUUAUUUUAUUACAGAUGUUAAUUUUGAUUUGAUUUCGACCUUUUCCGGAUGUGGGAAUUAAUAUAAAAUCCAAAUAAAAUAUUUUAGAUAAAUGGAGUCAAAUCUAUUUGAAGGGACUUGACCAAAUCGUCAGCUGUCCAUUUCCGUCCUCAGAUGUUGCCUGACCCGAUGAGUUGCUCCAGCAUUUUCAUUGCUUUGUUCCAGAUAACUGCAUGCAUGGUCGAUCCCAGCUGAUCCAUGUUCCAAGCCUACACUGUGAAUGCUCCCAACAUUUCCUCCGCUACAUUGACUAUGGCAUUGGUGCUGCUUCCUGUAACCAUGCUGGGCUCAUCAACUUUUAAUCCAAUUUCCACCUUGCCCUCAAAUUUACUUGGUCCACUUCUCUUCCCUUUUUCAUCUCCAGAGACAGUCUAUUCACUGACAUCUUUUCCAAACCCACUGACUCUCACAGUUACCUUAACUAUACCUCUUCCCACCCUGUCACUUGUAAAAAUGUUAUUCCCUUCUCUCAGUUUCUCUGUCUGAGGCUUUCCAUUCCAGAACAUUUGAGAUGUCCUCUUUUUUCCUAAAGAACGCGUGUUCCCUUCCACUAAAAUCAACACUGCCCUCACCCAUUCCCCGCCAUCAUAACAGUGAUAGAGUUCCUUUGUUCAUUUCCUACCACCACACGAGUCUCUGUAUUGCACAUUUCCUGUAACUUACGCCACCUCGAACGGCAUCCUGUGUCUUUACCUAACUUUGCUCCCCGCUUUACCGAGGGACCAGUCUUGACGGAACUUCCCCGUGUACUUGUCCCUCCCCACUUCACCCUGCAAGCUUGACGAGUGCUACACCUGCUCAUGCACCUCCUCCCCUUCCACCAUCCUAGGCCUCCAACAAUCCUUCCAGGUGACGCGACUCUUCACCUGCAGGUCGGCGACGGUCAUUGACCUUAUCAGGUGCAGCCUCAGCGAGAGCUGACGGAGAUGUGGGGACUGCUUUGUCUUUUACAGGCCUCCGCACCCUGUCGUUCCAGCCCUGAAGAGGGGUCUCGGCUCGAAAAGUCGACUGUUUACUCGCCUGCACAGGUGCUGCCUGACUUGCCGAGUUCCUCCCGUAUUUGGUGUAUGCGUAUUGCUCGGGGUCUCCAGCAAGCGCACAGCCCGGCACAUUGCGCGCGUUGCUUUGGGUUUCCAGCGCCUGCGCAUUUUCUCGUGUCUGGCAGUGCAGAAUCUGUUGAGUUGAGGCUUGAGAGCCGAACACACGCGCACUGCUGUCCUCCGUCUCCAGCCGUGCACUUUACGGCAUUGUCGUUCAUAUCUUGGCGCAGCGACGGGUCGUAUUUUGGAUUUCGUGCAAUGGCGGCGCGCACGACUUGGAUCCACUGAUGAUUUUCUUCAUCCUUUAUUCCUUCGCUGUCUUUAGCAUAGACCCUGGAGUAUAUGGUUUCCUAGCAGUAAAGUUAAGUAUCUCCUAGAUCUUCACACUCAACCAUGUCACUGAUACUAAGAAUCCUGAAGUGUGGAACUGCUCUGACUGGUGCUUGCAACCACAGUCGUGCCCUGUACUCAACCACAUCCCCUUCAUCGUGGACUAAAGUGGUGUCUGAGGCAGAGAAGAUCGUUGGAUACCCAACUUCCUUUAUGAGUCUUCGUUGUCUGCUCAGUGAUGAGUUAAGCAACAUUGCUCUUCAUGUCAGAAAAUUGGUUGGGACGAAGCAUCCUUUAAUAUCUACAGCCAGGGGGUUUGUGUAUGACAACAGGAACAGUCUACAGCUGCGAGGUCUGGUUGUCUUGUUGAUGUCAAAAGCAGCUGGACCAAGUGAAAAAGCAGACUCCCGACUAGAAGGAGACCUAGUUAGUGGAAUUUACCCCAGUCAGCGAAAUCUGGCAGAAAUUACAGAACUGAUCCAUACAGCUUUUCUCGUGCAUCGCGGGAUAGUAAAUACGAUGGAGCUGAUGUCAUCACAUGGAUCAUUAAAGGAUAUGCAGUUUGGCAACAAGAUGGCUGUGCUGAGUGGAGACUUCCUUUUGGCCAAUGCUUCUGCAGGUCUAGCUCAACUGCAAAAUACAAAGGUUGUGGAGCUUGUAUCAAGUGCAAUCGGAGACUUAGUUCAAGGUGUAUAUUACGAAAACUCUGGAAUUGAUGAGGAGAUCCUAACUGAAGACAUACCGAUAACUAACUGGGAAAAACAAGUUUUUCUAUCCCAUGGAGCUUUGCUGGCAAAGUGUUGUCAAGGAGCAAUGCAGCUCGCAAAGCAUGACACUGAAAUUCAAGAGAUGGCAUUUCAGUAUGGCAAGCACAUGUCUUUAGCCCACAAGAUUAAUUCAGACCUUCAGCCGUUUAUUGAGGAAACCUUCUGUGAUACUGUGCCUUUUAGCCUGAACUCUGCUCCCGUAAUAUUACAUCAGGAGACCUCAGGUCGGGACACGUGGAUGAAUCAACUCAAGCAGACCAAAGUAAAUGGAAAACAGCCUGAUUAUGCCAAGUUACGUCAAAUAAUCAAGGCUGGAAAAGGUGUGAGUUCAUCUUUUGAAUUAUGCCAUUAUCAUGGAAACCAAGCGCUGGAAGCCCUAAGAUGCUUUCCUACUUCGGAAGCAAGAUCAACUUUGGAAAACAUAAUUUAUGCUGUAGCCAAAUUCUAAAUAGUGAACUGCAGUGGAAAGUCAAACUGUCAUAAACCCAUGCAGAUAGGAUGUCAAUGGAACCUGCUACUUAAUUUUUCUUUGAAAAAUAAAUUGUGAUAUUAGUUAGUUCUGAUUGAAACUGUGCACUGUGAUGGAUAGAGAUAUAUUCUUUUAAUCACAGUGUAAUGAAGCAAGUUAACGUGGCAUUUUCCUUAUCCUCAACUCACUCUGCAAAAAAAAUUGCAGAAAUUUACAGAAAGGUCAAACAGCUUUCCCUUGUCAUGCCAGAAGCAUAGUAGAAGCAGCAAGGGCAGAAAUAAUUAAUGAGUUUUGCUGCUGUGACCUCAGCAAAUGGACAGGAAAUAAGGCUGUAUUGAUUGGGCACAACCAUGAAUGGCGCCACUGUGGUGGCCUGUGGUUUUUUUCCUACACUUGGAGGACGGGGGUAAUGAGACUGCAGGUGUUGCAAGAAACACUUCAUAACCUGCCUGAUAGACCUGCCAUGUCAGAGUAUAGUCUAAUUUAUCACCCAUAGGCCAAUUUUUAGUAUAAAGACUUCAUCCAAGAUUGUGCAAAAAUAUUGCUGUUUAAAUUCCCAGUAGUGACUUGUGAGAAAAGAUGUUAGUUUGAUUUAAAAGCGUCACUGAAAACCUGUGCAGAAUAUUACAUUUUGCACACAUAUAAUCAAGAUUUGAUUAUUUUUAUUUUUUGCUAGAUUUUAUUACGGCUAAUGAUCUUUUGGGGUUUUCCUAUUUCUUGGGAAGGUCCAAUUUGAUACCACAGAUACUACACUUAAAGCUGCAACAGUCAAUCAAUAAUUUGUUUAAAAUUAGUAAAUACAUAAUUUGUUAAAGUUUAUGUCUGAUUUAUAUCCCUUGAAGUUGCCUUUGCUGUUGAUGGCUCUAACCAAAGGUAGAAGGAUGAUUUUAUAAUGAAAUGCUUAAAAUAAAAGCUCCUUUUCUUGUGUCUCUUCUUAAAAUAUAAAAUGUACUUUUAUCAUUCCAGAAAGCUAUUCUCAUUCACUUCAUAUUCGUCAUAUUCCCGCUGAGGCAAAAAUAAGUUUCUUUUUAACCUUAGGACUUGGAAAAGUCUUGAACAAUGAAGCAAAAAUGACAGUCGCAGUAUAUGGAAUAUCACGUCUGUAAAUUGACACUGUCUCUAUUUUGUUCAUAGAGAUGAUUUUUGUGGUUUGCAUUCAUGCAACCUGAGAUCAACGUUGACAAGAAGGCUGAGUUUACAUAAAUGGUCUGGAUUGGGUCUAAGCUACCUUUCUUCCUUCUGUGGUGUAAUUACAGUCCAAUUUUAAUCUGAAGACAGCUAACACAGCAAGCAGAUAUUAUUACAAGGUUCACUCAAAUAAUUAGUAUGUUUACAUUCUCCAAAUUCUUCACAAAAAAAAGCAAUGCAUCACAUUAUUGUACAGUACUCGUGUUGUUUAUAAACGUCUUUAUGUUGAUUUCAGUAGAUACAAUGAAAAUAGUUUUCAAUAAAUAUAAUGUCAGUGAAGUACUUUUCCCCAAUGGUACGAUUUGUCUGUCAGGUAUCUUCUUUGUUGUACAGCCUCAUUCUGACUGCAGGCAAUCGUUUCUGAGAUGUGUUGAUUUACAAAGGGAUUCCUUUUUUAGGUUUAAUUUGAAAAAUGCAAUCUGUCUGAGUAAUUGUUCUUCCUAAGCUACACCCUCUACAUCCAAGGCAUCCCUCCUACCACCCUAGAAACAGAUAACUAUGUCAUGUUUCAUAUCAAUAAAGUUUUGUGCUCAUAAGUGUUUAUAUCACUAUGAUCAUGAUCACUAUGCAAAGCAAGGGCUGCGUGUAAAUUCCUAGGAUAUGCAAUUUGGCCAGUUGCUCUGAGGAACUUCAGUGAAGUGGAAAUACUGUUUUCCAAUUUUAGCCCGAACAAAGGUUGAACCAUGAAGGCUUUUGUGACAAAAAUCCAUUGCGGUUUCUUCUACUGGACAGAAAUUCCAGCUUCCUUAUUCUGUUCUCCUUUGUCGGCUUCUCCCACCUUUCUGAUCCAUGCUUACUAGUUGAGGAUUACAGUUAGCAUUUUAAUAGUACCAGUGAAAUGAAAGCUCUUAAAGACUUUCCUCUAACAGUUAAAUAAAAAUAAAUAUUGAAAGUAUGGCUGAACAAUCCAGGCGCCAAAAUGU